UCCGGGGCUGCACCGCCUGUCGGAGACCGGGACGCCGCGCCCCGGCUGGGCUGGGGGUGGAGGGCGCAGGUACGCCGCGCGGCGAUGGCUCCGCAGGGAUUCCCGGGCUCUUCCGUCCUCGCCGCGGCUGUCUUGGUGGGAGGCGCCGUCACUUCGCCCUUGGUGGCCCCUGGUGAUGGGGGAGGCCACACACUGCACUCCAGAACAGAGACAACGCCAUCUCCCACAAACAAUGUGGGGCACCCCGAAUACUUCGCAUAUGCACUUGUCCCCGUGUUCUUUAUCAUGGGUCUCUUCGGGGUCCUCAUCUGUCACCUGCUCAAGAAGAAAGGCUACCGGUGUACCACAGAGGCGGAGCAAGAAGAGGAGGAAAAGGUUGAGAAGAUAGAACUCAACGACACUGUCAAUGAGAACAGUGACACCGUGGGCCAGAUCAUCCACUACAUCAUGAAAAACGAAGCUAAUGCUGAUGUUUUGAAGGCCAUGGUAGCAGAUAAUAGCGUGUGUGACCCUGAAAGCCCUGGGACGCCCAGUACUCCCGGGAGCCCGCCUGUGAGUCCUGGGCCCUUGUCUCCAGGGUCCACCCCAGGAAAGCACGUCUGUGGCCACCACCUGCACACUGUGGGCGGCGUAGUUGAGAAGGAUGUGUGUAACCGGUGUCGGCACAAGCGGUGGCACUUCAUCAGACCAGUGGCCAAAGCCAAAGAAAACCGUCUACGGCGCCAGGGUGAGGUGACGGUGCUCUCGGUGGGCAGGUUCCGAGUCACCAAAGUAGAGCACAAGGGUAACCAGAAAGAGCGGAGAAGCCUGAUGUCUAUCAGCGGGGCAGAGGGCAUCAAUGGGGAAGUGCCUGUGACACCUGUGAAGAGAGAGCGAAGUGGCACUGAGUAGCAGGAUGGACUUUAUUUGAAGAAUUCUCAGAGUCUGAAAACUCAUGAGCUAUGAAGUUGCCUAGGGAAUAUUUUUUCUACCUUUUGUAUAGUUUCUUUCGUGGAGUCAUGUGGACGGAAGCCGAGAGGGAGUCUUUGUUAAGCUGGAUACUCGGAAGCAGUUUUGCUGGCUGGAAAAGCUCUUUCUUGAUCUUUGCAGCCACUGCUGGUCAUUCCCUUCAUAGUUGUUCCCCCAACCCUAUCCCUCUUGGGCUUGGGGUACACACUGCAACUCUUCACUGUGUACAGAGGAACUAUUUGUAUGUGUACAGUCUGAGUUAAUGCUUUGUGUGUGCGUGUGUAUGUAUAUAUAUGCGUGUGUCUGUGUCCAACCUUCACAUUCCAGUUUGCUGGAGAGUUUCAAGGGAUCCUCUUAUAGUUUAACUGUUACAAAUGUCAGAGGAGACUCUUAGGUGGUGAAAGGCUGAGGUGCCAGAUUCUGGAUCUCAGGAGUCCAGAGUGACAGUACAACCUGGAGAGCACUUCUUGCCUUGCACAUGUCUGACCCAGGUUCAGAUUCCAAGCCCGGCAUCCCACAUGGUCCCCUGAGUACUGCCAGGAGUGAUACCUGAGAUUAGAGCCAGAAGUAAACCCUGAGCACUCUUGGGCCCAAAACUCAGUGACUCCAAAACGAAAGAAAACAUAAAAAUGAAUCCAACCUUAUCUGCUGUCAACAUGGCAUUCCCAGGCCACUUAAGUGUUGUUAUUAUUUAAAACUCAAACUAAGCAAUUCUUAGUCAUGGAAUCAAGAUAGGAAAAUGGCUUCAGCUGCGCUCCCUCCCCUGUCACACACGCACACAUAUUUACUGUCUUGGUUGUCACUGUCAGCCCUCAGCCAGUCAGGCAAGUGCUGGUAGGCAGGUUUCAAAAGGCAAAAGAACACUGCUUUCUUUCAAGUCACUUACAAAACACUUUGACAACCCCAAGCCCAAACAGAACCCCAAACCUCCACCUCUGGGGAAAGAUGUGAUCUCUGCCAUGCUUUCCUUGGCAUACUCCUUCCUGGUUUUCCUUCUUGAAACCUAAAUGUGUGUCAUUAAAUACUCCUGAUGGUUGCCUACUCCUGUGGGCCCAGAAAAAAAAAUCUAUUUGUUUCUUUUUUGGUAUAACUUCACAGUUUAUGAAACACUGAAAAGGAUUCAGAAGUAAAGAUCUUAAUGCCCUGAUGGUAGUUUGGGACCGAGAGGUACACAAGGGGUACAGGGUCGAGCUCCAGGGAAUUCUGAUUCUGGUGAGGCCCAGGUGAGAGAGUUGGGGUGGGACCUUGGGUACUUCUUUCUCAUAGACAAAAAGGCAUCUUUUCUCAUGUGACUUCCAAAAAACAAUUUUUACAAACAUGACCGUCAAAGUAUUUUCUGUCAAUAGACUCAUUCCAUUCUGUUUCCACCACCUACUUAGAAACGUCUACCAGUAGUUGAGUCUCUUGUGAAUGCUUCCGAGGACUGAAAGGUGUAUGUACAUGUAUAUAGUUGCAUCCUAUCCAUAGCAGACUAGAAGAAGUCAUUGUUGAGAUGAAUGUUAUUGAGGUCCAGCAAGUAGCAACACAGGGAUUUUGGUGUGUGUGUGUGUGUGUGUAUUAAUGGGGGGGCUGGGGAGACUUUAAACAUUGGCUCUCAAAAUGUUGAGGGGUGAACUGUAAGCUAUUCUUCAGCUUUAAUUAUUUUAAAAUUUUAUUAAGGUUAGAGCACUUUGUUUAACUAGCAAUACAACAGGCAAGAAAAUACUCAAAGAUAUUUAAAAAAAAAGAACGGUAUUUAUGCCAAGAGUGCUUAAAUAUUUAAAUAUUUUCUAAUACUUGAGCAAUUUUUGUCUGGCUAGCUUCCAAUAUGCCAAAAGCUAAGCAUUGACUAUUUUCGACACAUAAGCUUUUUACUGGUUUCUACUCUCCACUAAGAAUACUUAAGUGUUCCCCAAAGCAAUGGAUGUUUACAAGCUCGUGUGCAUGGGACCUGCACCACACUUCCUACCUAUGUGAAACUCUAACCACGGCCUUCUGGCCCGUGAGACGCAGCAGUUAGCCACCAUCUUGUUGUACAAAUUUGUAAAGGAAAAACUGUCGGCAUUUUUUCAGUGUCAAAUGUAUUUUUAACUGUCUGGUUUGUACUUUUCCGACUUUUGUACCUACCAAAGCAGAGUUAAAAAUAAAAAUGUUACAAUACA